UUCGGAGUUACAGGUUUCAGACUGAUGUGAGUAAGGACUGAGUCAACAUCCGCGAAACUCUUCUUUUGUGAGUGCAUCCUCAGCAAAGGUUUUUCUUAGGGGAUAAUGUGAAUGGCCGUCGGCUUUCUUGAGGAUUGAUGUUUUUGCAGUAAGAAACGAUGGCGAGUUUAGCAGUGAAGACGUCUCUUGGCGUACUUUUCUUUGGACUUUUGUUGCUCGCGCUUCCAUCUGCGAGAGCACAAGAAGAUGUGGAGGAGGAGAGAUCAUGUCAGGGCGCCUUCGACUUGUAUUUUGUCCUUGACAAGUCAGGAAGUGUCAAACACCACUGGCACGAAAUCUACAAUUUUGUCGAACAUUUGGCUGAGAAAUUCACCAGCCCAAUGCUGCGAAUGUCCUUCAUCGUGUUCUCAAGCAGAGGAACCACAAUCAUGAGACUCACGGAAAACAGGGAGAUCAUAAGAAAAGGCCUUAAUGCUCUCAGACGAGAGAUCCCAGGCGGAGAUACAUUUAUGCAUCUUGGUCUACAAAGGGCAAAUGAGCAAAUACACCAGGAAAACUUUGGAACUGCAAGUGUCAUAAUUGCACUGACAGACGGUGAGCUUCAAGAACAUCAGCUGAUAGCAGCUCAACAGGAGGCAGCUCGAGCUCGGACACUGGGGGCAAUCGUGUAUUGUGUCGGCGUUAAGGACUUCAAUGAAACACAGCUGGCUACCAUAGCGGACACCAGUAAGCAUGUGUUUCCGGUCUUGGGAGGAUUCCAGGCGCUGAGAGGAAUGAUUGACUCGAUAAUCAAAAAAUCCUGCAUCGAGAUCUUGGCAGCAGAGCCAUCCAGUGUUUGUGCAGGAGAGUCAUUUCAAGUGGUGGUGAGAGGGAACGGGUUUCGACACGCCAGAAACAUCGACCAGGUCCUGUGCAGCUUCAAAAUCAACGACACAGUCACGCUGAAUGAGAAGCCUGCGAGCGUCGAAGACACGUUCUUGCUGUGCCCCGCACCGGUUAUAGAUGAAGUUGGAAAGGUGGUGUACCUGCAAGUCAGCAUGAACGAGGGUCUGUCGUUCAUCACCAGCUCCGUUCACAUCACUACAACGGAGUGUUUUGAUGGCACCAUCCUCCUGAUCACCCUGCUGGUGCUAUUUCUAUUGCUGGCUCUGCUGUUUAUGUGGUGGUUCUGGCCGCUUUGCUGCACUGUAGUGAUCAAAGAACCUCCACCUCCUCCACCUCCAGAGCCAGAGUCAGAUGAUGAGGACGGGAUGCCAAAGAAGAAAUGGCCCACGGUGGACGCCUCGUAUUACGGCGGUCGAGGAGUGGGAGGAAUUAAACGAAUGGAGGUUCGUUGGGGAGGCAAGGGCUCUACGGAGGAGGGAGCCAAGCUGGAAAAACCCAAAAACGCUGUCGUAAAGAUGCCUGAGCAUGAGUUCGAACCCUUUGAACCCAAGCCCAAGAAACCAGACAACAGGAAGCGAGCUCAAGACAGGAAGUGGUAUUCUCCCAUUAGGGGUAAACUCGACGCGAUCCUGGCUCUUUUCAGACGUGGAUAUGAUCAAGUUUCACUUAUGAGGCCACAGCCGGGAGAUCAUGGUCGAUGCAUCAACUUCCAACGAGUCAAAGAGGAAGCAGCAGCUGCCAAAGCUCCUCCUCGAGCUCAGAGCCCAGCUCCACCUCCUCCAGACUACCAGCUCGUCCCCAGCGCACCUCCACCCGGACCUCCGCCCGCCCGCAUCCCUCCCUGUCCCCCUCCGACCCGAGCCCCGCCGAGACCCUGAGAGAAGCACCAGCCCUCAGUGCAGUCCAUCCUACCAACAACUCCACUUCCAUAAUCUGCUUAAAGUGCUCUGUGUCCGCGCACUCAUUUUGAACUUAUACAAAAAAAAUAUUCUUUAAUACUUAAACUUAAGAUCAUCUUAGUGUUCUAUUUAUGGACACCAUAAAUAUGAACUAAAAUGCACUUUUAACAUACUAUCUGUAUUUAAAAACCUUUCACACACUAGUGCACUUAAGUGUACUAUAAGCAGUGUAAUGUUUUUUAAUGCAAAGAUAGUAUCUUAAAAGCACAUUUUGGUUCAUAUUCAUGGUGUCCCAUGUUGAGUACACACCUUAAGUUUAUUUUAAGAAGCACUAAAGAACAUUUUUUAGUAUAUUAAGUACAAAGUUAGUGCACGGACACAGAGCACAUUAUGGAAGUGUACUUUUUUUUAACUUGGGAAACCAAAAAAGCCACACGCUAUUUAUCGCUCAGCUUCGAUUGGGAUGUGCUGUGUCGUUUGUUGCUGGACAGCAAAACAUUGUAAGAAAAGCAAAAAGAAAUAACUGUCGUGACAAAAAUUCAACUACUGAGUUUUCCGUACGCAGAUUAAGAGUGCGUUUUCAGCUUCAUCAGGCUGGACGAAUCGUUCAUGUACAGUGUUUUAAAGCACAUAUGAAUCCUAUGAGCUUCUGAUAUCAUGCCAAAAUGUGUCCAAUAACCAGUAUUACAUGCUAUGUUAUAUUGUUAGUGCCUCUGGAGAUGCAGUGUUGGGUCACAGAUUGUACAGUCGUCGAGUCACAGGUUCUCUCAGGUGAGGCUCUGAUCCUGUACACAGGGAAUAUAAUGGCAUGUCAAAAUGUGAGAGGAAUGCAAGUGAUGAACUCGUAAAGGCAGGGUCGGACCAUGUCUUUACUCUAGAUUGAUGAUUUUUGUGGCAGGUUUCUUGGUUUAGGCACGGCGGAUGUGCAGGGUUUGUCUUUAAUCAUGCAGUUGCUGGAAUUCUGACAGAUUCUCGAAGGUGCAAAAGUGGGAUUCAAGAACGGUUUCGAUUUUAUUUGGGAUCUUUAUCUGCACUGAAACAAAAAAAAGGUAACCUGAAAAAGUGAAAUUUAAUGGUUUUGUUUGAAUCACAAAAUAGUGUUUAGCAUUACUGAAUCAA